AGUCGCACCGGUCUGCUCUCUCUGCGUCCUUUGCGCGCGUAAAAAGUUUUCCCUCUAUUCCGAAACUUCCGAUCGCGGUGACAACACAUUCACGAUAAAACUGAUUGUAGUUCGUUUUAUUAUUUCCAAAUAGUGUCUGCGAACUAUUUUACGAUAGUUUAAACUUUUUAAAGUUUCGGAACAGUCAGAUUACGUUGCAUGUAUUUCAGGUUCGAAUCGUAGUGGUUUAUAAAUUAUAAAUUAGUCGUGGUUUCGAAUAUUAUGAUCUGUAAUGGGAUGCACGGUCGGUGACGUGUGGGCCCGAAGCCGGUUUCCUGAGGCUGUGAGCUUGAUGCUGCUGCAGAGUGAGGGCCGGGAGCGGCCAGCCAUGGAGGAGGAGUGCUCGGCGAGGCCAUGUGCCACUGACUUCUCCAUUGCAGCCAUUAUGGCCAGGGAUAGACAGGAGAGACGAGAGCGGCGAAGACUAAGAGACCCUAGAGAAGACACUUUGACUCCAUUGGAAAAAUUCGUAGACGCUGCCGCGUCAGCAUCGGGGUCUCCUUCGCCACCGUUACCAGAAUAUGAGCGUGAUUCCCCUGUGGAUGUGUCCUCUACAUCCGAAGCUGGGUCUAUGAGCGGAGGGCCCGGUGGCUCCAGGGCCAUGUCCCCAACGCCCAGGAACCCACAGCUGAUUGAACGAUGGUCCAGUGAAGAGAUGAAACACAUACAGUGUCACCUCGAGACAAAGGAGUUGUGGGAUAAAUUCAAUGAACUCGGCACUGAAAUGAUUAUCACCAAAACUGGAAGGCGCAUGUUCCCGACGGUGCGCGUGUCGUUCGGCGGGUGCCGCGCGGAGGCGCGCUACGCCGUGCUGCUGGACGUGGUGCCGGUGGACGGCAAGCGCUACCGCUACGCGUACCACCGCUCCUCGUGGCUGGUGGCCGGCAAGGCGGACCCGCCCGCGCCCGCGCGCCUCUACCCGCACCCCGACUCGCCCUUCUCCGGCGACCAGCUGCGCAAGCAGGUCGUCUCCUUCGAGAAGGUCAAGCUCACCAACAACGAGAUGGACAAGAAUGGACAGUUGGUAUUAAAUUCCAUGCACAAAUACCAACCACGAAUUCACCUGGUGCUCCGACGGGAGGGCGCUAUCAAUGCUCCAAUAACUGAUCUUGAACAAGAAGAAUUCAAGACGUUUAUAUUCCCCGAAUGCGUUUUCACCGCAGUCACAGCCUACCAGAACCAACUGAUAACAAAACUCAAAAUCGACAGUAAUCCAUUUGCAAAGGGAUUCCGCGACUCUUCUCGUCUCACAGAAUUCGAAAGGGAGACAAUGGAGUCUAUGUUGGCGGAACAGCACUACUUAAGAUCGCCUUUGCGGCCGUUCGAUCUCGACCAGCACAACAACAACUUGACACUAGAAGAGAAAGCAAUAUUGGCCGCUCGAUCCCAAUUGUUCCUAAGAGCUGCAUAUCCACUGUAUGGAGUACCUGCGGCCGCUCUCUGGGGUCAAUGGGCGUGCUUAGCCCCACAGCUUCUAGCUCAGCAACAUUUGGCGUCCGGAUCAGGGCUGCAGCUACCUCGACCGGUGUAUCCAGGUGGAGUGCCCGCGCCUCUGUCACAGCACCGGUUCUCACCAUACCCUCCGCGAAGGUCAUCGCCGGGUUCGUCGCCGGACUCGUUGCGAGACCCCAGCCCUCACCCCCUCCCCCCACAUCCACCGCACACGCCACAUACACCGCACCCACCACAUAGUCCAACUUAAACCUUCUUAGACCUUCUUAGUCCUUAUACAAAAACAAAUUAUUUAGCAGUAUAGUGAUGUUCUUGGACAGAAUGGGUAGAGCUUGUCAGGGCAAAUGAAUCAUUUGUGAUCAAUGUUAAAAAGACUAUUUUAUGUUUAAACGUGCUUGAUUUUGGUGAUUUUAGUAUUAUGACUAGUAAAUAAAGUAACAAGUACAAUAAUGUACAAAUGUAAUAUUUACGCGUGUUCUGUAAACAUGAGGAUUUCUAUAAAAGCGCAAUUGCUACAGUAUAAAAUGUUACCUCAAAUGUGGUUUUCUUAUUGUAUUCUAGCAUUGAAUAGUAACGUAAGAUAUACUAAUUUAGAGCUAGAAGGUACUGAAUCUCGAUAAAAACAAAAAUCAUAGCGAAAAAAAUUUGGUAUUGUAAAGUUGGUAUGAGAAAUUGGCUGAUUUAGACAGUUCAAUAACUACGAUUAUGUUAAAUUUAUCUGGAAUUGAAACAACUGUGUUUUAUGGAUGUUUAACACUAUAACACUAUCGCAAAGCACCUCUGUAAUAUAUUGUAAUAUAGUUAAUAUUUAAAUGUUAUUUAAGACUGUAAUUAUUGUUGUAACAUCAUUUUAUGUUCCUAAUAAGUUUUUUUUUUGUAGCAAU